UUGAUUGGUCACAAUCAAUUCUGUUUUGUUUUAUAAACCACUAGUAUAUAGACUAUAUCUUAUAUUGAUGGAUUUUGGGGGUAAUUCAUUGGUUGAAUGUAACCUAUGUCAUAUAGUCACACCUUGGUUGACCUGGGUUUGUGGUUUCCACAAUAAUGGUAUUUUAUGAGUCAUACCUAUUAUUUUCGAAGCACAUUACCAACGAGGAUAUUGCAGCUUUGGUAUCGCAUAUUUCAAAGCUUGCUACGAUAAAUCACGGCAUCCUUCUCCGUACCCAGGACCUUGGACUAAGGUACACAUCUCACAGGGUUCAAAAGCCUAGAUUGGGUUUGUUUUGGUACGGAAAGUACUACUAUGUUGCUUUGGCUGCAAAUCCCAAAGUCGUUCCAGGUUUACACAAGUUGUAUAACUCAAAUGAGCACAUUUUAAGGCACAUGACACAGCGGAUGUUGUACCGUACAAAUCUGAUUACAAGUCCGUACAGCCAUUUAUACCAAGAUCCAUGACCGUGGAGGCUUCGGGGGUUGCCUACACUGAGAUACAGCCGACAUACUACUUGACAGUGG